CUUAAUUUGAUUACUGUCUGUCUACUGUUUUCAAUACAGUUCUCCUUGAAUCACAAGUAGCCUACAUCAUUGGAUAACUGUCAUUGCUGAAUGUGUACAUUUUAGAACCGAAAUCUUAUGUGGCAAUUUACUGAUAAGGCUAUCCCCUGUAGGCUUCUAGAUGUAGUGAUAUUUGUUGGGUACAACAGAUUCCCUGUUGAUACAAGUUAGUGAGGGUAAUAUAAUAACAAAAUAAAUAUUAUUUUUGUGAGAUAUAAAUAUAGGCCUAUAGGCUACUUCAAAUUGUGUUCAACUCUUGCAAUGUAAUUGUAUGUUAUUGUUCUAUAAAAUCAAGUCUGCCAACGUGACCACACAAUACAUAUUUAGGCCUACCAGCAAAAAGCAAUUCAUUACAGUAGCCUAUGUAUUAUUCCAGGUACAAUAUUAUAAGCACAUUAAAUGAGAAUUAGAAUUAAGUAAACCAUGGCUGGGCAGUAUUAGUGAAGUUGGUUAUUACACUUUGGCAGUAAUGGGAAUUCUUAUGCAACAUGCAUCUGUCAUGUCUAGCCUACUAUACGCAGUUUUGGGAUGGAUGUUUAGCCUACUAUGUUAAAAAUGUGGUAAAAUGAAUAGUAUAUAGGACUACCAUCAUUUGUAAAAUGGAUUUACAAAUAUGUGCUGGAAGAACAAAACGUUAAUCGUAUCCCAACCCGAUUUUCCCCUUGACAUCAACAUGGAAUUUCGUCGUGUAGGCCUAGAAUAUGCGAUUAAACGCACGCCUGUAAAAACAAAAAACAUAACACCACCGGUCAUGAUAAAUACCUUUACUAAAAUAAUUAAAAGAAUGAAUUAAAAGCCUGUAUUUUGGGGUGUCACAACAAAAAUACCAAUGACUGUUAGUCAUUCGUGCGUAACGGUACUGCGCACAAAUCAUCAUCCAACUCUUUAACCGUCCACUGCACGCGCGGAGUAGUCUACAAGGCAUUUCAUACUGAUAUAUUUCUUUAAGAGCCCAACCUACUCGCGCAUCGAUUGGCCAGGUCGACUCUCCUGUCGGUUUUCAUUGGUUUGUGAUAAUGGUAUUUCACUCAUCUUUUGCCCAUGUAAUUUACUAUUAAUAUUGUGUGUGGUUGCUGGCAUAGGUGCGGAUCAUUUAUAACAUACGAAAGGGAGAAAGACAGGUGUCCACAAGAGAGGAUGCGCAUAAAAUAAUACAUUUUUUUCUCCUCGCUACCUUGCGAAUGCCAUGAUGUGGGAAUGGAGUUUCCAGCUGAGACCGGAGUUGCGUGUCCAAAAUGUAGACAUUUGCAUGUAAUCAAGAGAUGAGGAUAAGCACUAAGAAUGUUUUGCGCAAAAUUGAAAGACCUGAAAAUCUCUGGAGAAUGCCCGUUCUCCGGUAUCGGUCGUAUGGACGAACCCGGAGACUUUGAGGAAUGUACAAGUGACCAUACCGGGGAUGUACUUGCAAUUUCCAAGGAUGUGUAUGGAAAUGUAUCGGAGGUGCUACCUCAAAGGAAGACAAGCAAGCCUAGAGUCAAUCUUCAUUCAUUAGGGGAGAGCAUCCGCAAAUUGGCAUGUCCCGAGUUUCAAAGACUGCAUACUGCCUUUCUGCAAAUGAUGAAACAGCAUACGUUAGACAAGAAAUGCCCUUCCGUGUGUUACGCAGACAUCUGUCAAGAUAGGAGCUUUGAUCGACCAGAGAAUUUAAUGGAGAUCAUGAAGAAUUAUUCUCUAAAAACAGGUAUUCACAUGGACGCUUUGAAAGUCUCCCUUGGUGAGGAGCUGUUCCAAACAUGCUUCGAUGAGGAUGGCCAUAUUCUGCGGGUAGUGGGGGGAGCCCUCAGCGACUUCCUGAACAGCUUCAAUGUCCUGUUGAAACAGAGCUGCAGCCCAAACCCGCUAGCACCAGCCGCUCUGCAAGCCGAACCAGACAGGAGAACAGAUUAUGUAAACAAUGAAGAAGCGUCGGUGCUGUGCCUGGACAAGGAUCUGGGUCUGCUCACCGUCUACUACUUCAACCCCAGGCAGACCACGGAGCUCUUCUUCCCUGGGGUCAUCAAGGCGGCCGCCCGCCUGCUCUACGACACCACUGUGGAGGUGUUGAUGGACAUGGAGAUGGACCUUCAAGGAGGCACCAAGGAAAGCGUAGGCCCCUUGCAGUUUCAGGCUGGGCCCCGGCAGCCCAGCCUGCUCUACUCGGUGGUGGUGAAGAACGCCAAGAGCCUGAGCCCCAGUCCCAUGAGGGCCACGUCAGUUGGGACCAUGCCCACCUCGCUCUUCUCCUCCACCUUCCCCUUCCACCUCUUUCUGGAUCAGGACCUGGGCCUGUUGCAAAUCGGGGAUGGCCUCCGGAAGAGACUUAGCCGGAAGGACGGCCUGAGGCGGCCCACUGCCUUCCUGGAGCACUUUGCCAUCGUCACGCCCCAGAUCAGGUGCACCUUCCAAGGCAUCUUGACUAUGCUGAACACACAGUUCAUCAUACGGAUAAAGCACCAAGGUGGCUCCAUGGCCGAUGACACAGGGAGGCUCAUGGACCUGAAAGGCCAGAUGAUCUACAUCUCAGAGUCCAAUGUCAUCCUCUUCCUGGGCUCCCCGUGCGUAGACAAGCUGGAGGAGCUGACUGGCCGGGGCCUCUACCUGUCUGACAUCCCCAUUCACAACGCCCUGCGCGACGUCGUCCUGGUGGGCGAGCAGGCCAAGGCUCAGGACGGCUUGAAGAAGCGCCUAGGCAAGGCCAAGGCGGCCCUGGAGCACGCUCACCUUGCCCUGGAGGAAGAGAAAAAGAGGACGGUGGAUCUGCUUUUCACCAUUUUCCCGGGGACGGUGGCCCAGGAACUUUGGCAAGGCCACACGGUGGAUGCCAGGGAGUUUGAGAAUGUCACCAUGCUGUUCUCUGACAUCGUGGGCUUCACGGCCGUGUGCUCACGCUGCACACCUAUGCAGGUGGUCACCAUGCUCAAUGAGCUGUACACACGCUUUGACCACCACUGCGGGGAGCUGGAUGUAUACAAGGUGGAGACUAUCGGUGAUGCGUACUGUGUGGCCGGUGGCUUGCACAAGGAGAGCGAGACUCAUGCAGUGCAGAUUGCCCUCAUGGCGCUGAAGAUGAUGGAGCUGUCCGAUGAGGUCAGGACGCCCACUGGUGAGCCAAUCAAGAUGAGAAUUGGCCUACACACUGGCUCAGUUCUGGCCGGUGUUGUUGGCGUGAUGAUGCCGCGCUAUUGUCUGUUUGGCAACAACGUCACAUUGGCAAAUAAGUUUGAGUCCUGUAGCGUACCUAGAAGAAUCAACGUUAGCCCCACAACCCACAGAUUGCUGAAAGAUUGUCCAGAGUUCGUCUUCAUUCCCCGGACCAGACAGGAUCUUCCGCCAAACUUCCCGCCGGAUAUUCCUGGUGUUUGUUACUUCUUGGAGGCUUUUGAUCAAUGGUCGGGCAAAAUCACAAGUGACUGUGAGACCGAUGAACCAUGCUACAGCAAUACAAACUUCAUGGCUGAGCAAACAUAGAUGGUAUGAUGAGACACAGCCAAACCUGGGCUCAAUUAAUAUUUUAAACCUUUGAGCGUUUGAUUGAGCCUGCCUGGAGCACCAAAUGGGCAGUUUGCACUUUUAGCAAUAUUCCAUUGGAUUCAUUGCGCAAUGCAAGCUCAAUCGAGCAGAGCUAUAUAUUUGUACCCAGGUCUAAAUACAGCUAGCACCCGUUGCUGUAGAUUUCUUUAGGUGAUGUAGAAAUGUUGAUUAUUCUCCUACAAAAUCGCUAGAUGUACAUUUUGUAUGCUUUCACUGAUUUAUUCACCUCACCAGAUUCACAUACUUUCGUACACUGUAAUUACACUACAACUGCCUAUGUAACUACCAUGUCAAUACAUAGGUAUUAAUCACACAUUGGGACUUAAAGGGAUAGUCACCCAAAGUACAUAUCGGUUUUCUUACCCUGUAUGCAGUCUGUGAACAAGGUAAGAAAGCAAUCCAUAUUUUAAUUUGAAUUAACUGCUCUCCAAAUGCAAGUCAAUGUCCCUGCAUUUUUCGCCUCUCACCUUGUCCUUAGACUGCAUACCGGCUAAGUGCCAAGCAUAUGCAAUUUUGUAAUUUGGUUAAACUAUCCCUUUAAAGAGAAUUACACAAUAACUAAUGUCACGGCAUGGCUAGAACACAAUGAAUGUGCUUCCAUUACAAUUAGCAUUUAUUACUGUGAUUAUUUUUGUAUUGUCCAAGCGACAAUAAAUAUUGUGAUUAACAGG